UGCCGCUCCUGACUGGUGAUGUUCGUGUGCUCUAGUGUGUGCUGAAAGACACAUCACCAGCAUAACAAUAAUAACCGCCAUGAGGAUAACAAUGCAAGUGUAGGCAGUCGAGGUGUGUUCUUGUGACGUCACGUGGCUUCGUGUGUGAUGACUACGACCGAAUGUAUGCAUAUGGCCACUGAGCAUGGAAGUGGUUGUCUUCAGGGCGUGUGAUUAGAUAGAUGGUAAUAGUGCGACAUUAAACGGAUGCCAUGUUGAGGAGCAUCUUCAUCGGAACCCACACUCCGUUCUUGAGUCUGCAAACUCCUGUCACAUCACGUCGCUUGCAAUGAGCGUUCUAGCUGUCCGGUGACUGGCGACAAGUGAAGCAAGCCACUUGCUGCUGGCGAGACGGGAGACAGCCGGCCAUGUCACGAAAUAUGUCGUCGAAGCGGAAAUCUCCGCCGACAAAAUUUCAAGAAAGCGGUGGUUUGGUCACAUCGGAGGACAACAGCACUACAAUUCUGCCAGCUACAGUCAGCGUUUCGAACGCUUUAUCUUCAGCAGGCGGUGGUGGUAGUGAUGGCGGAGGUCUGACCGACAUGGACGAAAGUAGCAGCAACAACCUGAGCGACGCAGGCGACGAGGAUCGAACUCCAGUGUCUCAAGGUGGUAACGCUGCUUCUCUUUAUAAACUUUCGGAUUCAUCUUCAUCGUCGCCGGCGUCUGGAAGCGAACUGGAGGACUGUCCGGCCGAAACUCUGGAACCCUCACCACCGAACAAGAAACAGCGUUUGCUGUGCCCAACGCAGCAGCACCACAUGGAGUACCACAACAACUCCAAGAGCAAUCUGGUUCCUCCCCCUUCGUCUCUACUCCCAGCUCUGUCGGCCAUUCAUCUUCAGCAGGAGCAUAACCCGUACCAGGAACCCGUGGACAGUGGUAACAGCAGGCGAAGAAGUCCCUCGGACUGUAGUUCGCCCACGCUGGACAUAAUGAUGAAAUCGGGGGGUGUUAGUAAUCACAAUAACAAUAAUAAUAAUAGCACGACUCAUAAUAAUAACAGCACAAGUGGUUCGCAUCCUGUCAAGAGGACUAUGGAUGACGUGCUCAAGAGAUUAACCUCCAAGAUGCACAUAAGUAACGUGAGAGACGAGAAGAGGCCAACGCCAGCCAGCACGCCCACCGGCAAAUCCCUCGGCGCCGGUGAGCAGCAGUCCGAGGCGACGCCCAGCGAAGCCGGCGUCAAUAGCACCGUAAUGGAUGGGGCUGCCGUGCUGCACCAGGCGCUCGCCGGGGAGACGUUCCUGGAGAAGGAGCGACGCUUGUCCGAGAUGAUACGACAGCUGCAGAUGUUGAGGGAACAGCUGCUGAGCCAGCAGGAGCUGCAGACCAAG